GCUCCUGUACCGCCCUGUCCCUGUGUGGGGCCCGUUUCCUUCUUCUCUGACUCUUAUCGGCUGCCGAGUGCGACAAGGAAACAUGUUACUGCUGGCAGCUCUUAUGGCCACAAUGGUUUGGUCUUAUGGAUUUGCACAAGAAAUUCCCCAGCAGAGCCCUAUCUCCAUCACCAAGUCUAAAGGAAGUGUACGUCUGGAAUGUCACUUCAAAGACUUCUCUGGAAAAUUUGAAGACACCGUCAUACAUUGGUAUCAACAGAAGGAGGAUAAAGCUCCAGACAGGGUGCUCUACCUUGCAGCAGAGCAGAUGACUGUAGACAGUAACUUCCAAGAGCACAAGUAUACAGUUGCAAGACUUUCUAGACAGAAACAGUGUAUUCUCACAAUAAAAAAUGUAAUCGCAGAAGAUGCUGCUACCUAUUACUGUGCCUACUGGGACACUCACUGUGAGUGGGAUGCUGAUGUAAAAAUAUUUGGAAGUGGAACCAAGCUGAUUGUUUCAGACAAAGGAACUACUGCACCAAAAAACUAUGAAAUCCUGAGUAGUGAAAAUGAAAAUAAGCUGACAUAUGUUUGCCUUGUUGAGAAAUUCUACCCAGAAGUUAUUCGAGUGACAUGGACUGAAGGAGAAAAGGAAGUGACAGAUAAUGUAGUAAAUGGAGACAUCUGGAAAUCUGCAGAUAAUGAUGAAUACUCUAUUGGAAGCUGGUUAACCAUACCAAAGGAGAACAAAAACAAGAAAUAUUCUUGCAAAUAUGAGCAUGAAAGCCAAGUAUAUUCAAUUAGCACCACUUCCAUACAAGAUCUUACAAAGACUGCAGGGAAACAGGACUGCAAUGCAUAUUCUGGAAACAGUACAAUUUUUUAUGGAGAUCACUUAAUGCACAGGACGGCGUAUUUAGUGUACAUAGUCCUUCUUCUGAAAAGCUCCAUGUAUUAUGUCAUCGUACUCUUCUUCGUAUACAGAAUGAGGACUCCAGCUAAGCACCAUGGAAAGAAAACAUAAGAUAAUGAUUUUGUAAACCUUUGCUAAAUCAGCACAUAUGUUUUCUUUGAUGUAAGCUUGUUAAGUUUGCUUGGCUGCAUUCUUAUUCACAUGGAUCCCCUUGCUCCUAGUGUUACAUAUAACAAAAACACAAAUGGAUUUUCUAUCACUAGUGCACAUGGCCUGUUUUGCUUUACAGCUAGUAGUUUUAUAUCAGUCUCUGCUUCUCCUAAUUUUUCUGAGUAUUGAAAUGGGUGGGGGGCAAUAGGAGUAAGGUUAUGUUUCUUGUAUUUUAAUAGGCAUUUAGUAUUGCAAAAUAAGGAUGGUCCUUGUGUUAAAAACAGUUAUGCAUGCAGAGAAAGUUUAGAGAUUUAAUGUUUAAGGCUUAAUUAGGAGCAUUCCAGUGCUGUAAAGUGACAGCUAUUUGUUCUUUUCACUUAUAGUAUUUUUCUUAUAUAUUGCUUUUAAAAGAUUCAAUUAAACGCAAUAUUACAAAAUGUUAUGAUUGUCUUUUUAAAAGGAAGUUUAAUGAGCAUAAAAGCAAAUCUAAGGCACACACCUACACAACUCUAAGAAAUUCACUUGGUCACAGACCAGUGCUGUUAAACAAAUUGUAAACCUGCACAACGUAUUUUUAAAGAAACAAAACAGUUGUAAUGAUUACAAACAUUAUCUUGUUUAGAGAAGCCAUUUAAAGUUGACAGAGCAAGUGUUUUCACAAAGAGGAAGAAUUCUCAGACGUUGGACUUUGAAUGCCUCAUGUCCCCGCUCUGCAAAUUUCUUCUUUUCAAAAGUUUGGAGAAAAAUCAGAAGUAGAAGCAUUUGCAUAAAGCAUUUGUUCAACUUGGGGCAACAUAUUAUCACAGGUUUGCAGGUGAGGACCUGCAGUAUUUACAGUAAAAGUCUACUUGCCACAUCUGUAAGGAUGUAGAGAGCAAUAAAAGCUUUCUUUCAGACUGCA